AUGCAGGCCAAAUUGGAAGGCGGUGUACAAGACACCAAUGGCACUAACGAAAGAAGGCACAUUGUGGAGGCUAUGCGAGCCUUCGAGGAGUGGGAGAACUGCGGAGUUCUGCAACAAAGCGAUAGAAAUAGAGUGGUCAUAGAGCUCCGAGGAGAUGACUCGAUCAUGAUUUUCGAAAGUGCUGUGCUGAGUGCUUUAUACUUCACAUCUUUUUGUGCGAGUGGCAGACCCAUGGAAGGAGUGAAGCAAGAAAUAUGGAGCAAUCAGUGCGAAUACCUUCGUAAUAAGCAACAUGAGAUAUCUGCACCGUUGCCUGGGUACCCUCAUCUCAGCUCCAAUACAUCAAAACACGACGUUGUUGGAAGACUACAUGCCCUCAACCAGCAGUUUGCCACCCUAGUCCGUAGAGGUGCUUUGCUACACAACACUUAUCGCUUGUUCCACGUGGCGAUGGAAUAUUGGUCUCGAUACAAGUACAGACGCGAUGUCGGUGAAGUGGCACCAAGGAUGGGGAGCUUACCACCAAAUGUCCUGUAUGGCGAUCAGAGAGAUGGUGGCUUUGGCUGUGGCCUAGAUUACAGGAGCCGUCAGUGUUAUGGAGUGCAGCAAAGCCCCCCACAUCGCUUUCAGCCCAAGCAAACCAGAGUCUCCGAAGGCAUGAAAGCUCGUGGUGCUUCCGAUUUAGCUCAGAGCAUGUUGAGUGGCACUCAAGGUUUAGCUGCUCGAGAGGAAACCCUAAGACUACUUGCGGCUGAGAUACAUCACGAAGUGAGCCUCACGGCCAAAUUGCCAGAAGAAAUAGCCGCUGCCCACCGCCAGUAUGAACUGGAGUUCAAGGAAUGGGUGGACAAGCUG